UCAUUCAGCCGUCCCCUUAUUGUUAGUUCUUUAUUUGGAAAAAAGUACUAUAAAAGGCGUUCCACAUUCCUGUCAAUCAACCAUCUUCAUACAAACUCACGCUUGGCUCGCCUAUUCUAGCUUCUAUCCCUCCGGCAGGUAAUAUACAAUUUGUCACUUUUUAUUCUGCUUUAAAUGUUUUUCUUUUAGUUUUCUCAGAUGGAAUCCGAUGAAAGCGCUCAACGUCGAGUUAAGGGCCGUAGCUUAGUCGCUUUCGCAAAAAUGCGCAAUAUCGAGAUAGAGAAGGACUACGCUGAACUCUCCGGCAACGAGCGUCAUUUUGUGCGUUUCUUCGAGGCCGACAACAUGAAUCGCAGCCAAUACGAUAACGUUCCUCUAUAUGACAAGGAUGCUGUUCGUCUGUUGCCCAGUUCCGGUGAAAGCGAUUUUGUGCAUGCCAGUAAAGUGAUCACAUCUGGCGGAGAGGGAGGUUACUACAUCAUCGCCCAAACACCGCUGGUCAAUCCAUCAAAGCCUCGUAUCGAUACUCAAUUCAAUUGGUUGCGCAUGUUGUGGGAGUUCAAUGUGUACGUUGCUGUUUGUCUCGUCAACCUUGGUCACGAAAGCGAAUGCGACUACUACUUCAACAGGAGCAGAGGCGAGACAUAUAAAGUGAGGAUUUAA